AUGCUGGGCUUGUUGACCCUGAUUUGCUGUCAGCCGCUCCUUCGCGCGGAACCAGGCACGGUCGAUGCGGUUUACUCCACCUUACAUGCCUUUGCUGCCAAGAUGUCCGAUGGUAGUGUUGUGGCCUGGGGUGAUUCAGAAGAUGGUGGCUCACUAGUCAGCGCCGCGUACUUCGUGACCUCUGGAGUCGACACCAUAUACUCCACUUCGUAUGCCUUCGCUGCCAAGAAGUAUGAUGGUAGUGUGCAUACUUGGGGUUCUCCAAGUCAGGGUGGCAAUCAAAUGGUCAGCACAUCUGCAGAUGGAUCUGAAGGCGAUUCGUACUGGGUCAACGAGGAGUUGCUGUCUGGAGUAGAAAUGAUUUGCUCCAACACUGAAGCUUUUGCUGCGAAGAAAUCCGAUGGCAGUGUUGUGACCUGGGGUGCUUCAAGUGCAGGUGGCAGCUCGAAGUUGGUCAGCCGGCCCCUGGCUUCUGGAGUCGAAACCAUCUACUCCACCUGGUACGCCUUUGCUGUGAAGAAAUCAGAUGGUAGCGUGGUGACUUGGGGUUCUCCAAGUAAGGGUGGCGACUCGAGGUCUGUCAGCCAGCACUUGACCUCUGGAGUCGACACCAUUUACUCCACCUGCUGUGCCUUUGCUGCCAAGAAAUCGGAUGGUAGCGUGGUGACUUGGGGUGAUGCAAGUGACGGUGGCGACUCCUACUCGGUCAACGACCAGCUGACCUCAGGAGUUGAAGUGAUUUACUCCAACACUGAAGCCUUUGCUGCGAAGAAAUCCGAUGGCAGUGUCGUGACCUGGGGCGGUGCAGGUGGCGAUUCUUUCUCCGUUAGCAACCACUUGACCUCUGGAGUCGACACCAUAUACUCCACCGACUAUGCCUUUGCAGCGAAGAAAUCAGAUGGUAGUGUAGUAACUUGGGGUUCUUCACGUUCCGGCGGUGACUCGAGUUGGGUCAGCGAUCGCUUGACCUCUGGCGUGGAAACCAUAUACUCCACAGGCAGUGCCUUUGCUGCCAAGAAAUCGGAUGGUAGCGUGGUGACUUGGGGAUACUCCUUGUAUGGUGGCGACUCGAGCUCGGUCAGCGACUACUUGACCUCUGGCGUCGACACCAUUUAUUCCACCCCGUUUGCCUUUGCUGCGAAGAAAUCCGAUGGCAGCGUUGCGACCUGGGGUGAUGAGACUGCAGGUGGCGACUCGAGCUCCGUCAGCACCCACUUGGCCUCGGGAGUCGACGCCGUGUUUUCCACCUGUUGCGCCUUUGCUGCCAAGACAUCGGAUGGUAGGGUGGUGACUUGGGGUUCUCCAAGUAAGGGUGGCGACUCGAGCUCGGUCAGCCAGCACUUGGGUUUCUCCAGCGUUACAGCAAGCACUACAACACCCUCAGCAACCACCACCACGACUACGUCCCUGCAACUUUACAAGGAUGCAAGUUAUGCUACCACGACCUCGCAAUUGUCAAUGUUUGUUGGAUUGCUGACUGGCGUCCUGGGCGCGCUCUGA